UGGAACCGUUAAUCCAGUUGUGCACUUGACAUCAUGGUUGAGACCCGUGCAGGGAAGAGCACUAGCCCCUACACCCAGGAGCAACAAGAGAAGAUGGCCGCCUUAGUAAGAGAGAAUAAGGAGAGGAAAAAGUUCCUGAAACAGGCGAAGCUAAAGGCAAUCACAGAGGAGCAGGCGGCGAAGAUGAAGGAAUUGGAGGAGGAGAUGGAGAAAAAGAAGAAGGAUGUUGAAGAAGAAACGGUAGCAGAAGCAGAAGAGGAAAGGAAACGCAGGGAAGUAAAAGGAGAGAGUAGUGGCACAGCGAAUGAGGACGCCGCAAUGGAGAAGAAAAUCAGUGAGUGGAUUGCUAAUUUAUCGUUGGGGGAAGAUGAGGAGGCAGAGUUUUAUGUGCCCCAGGACGAGAGGGAUGCUUUAGCCAGUGAGCUAGCAGCAAUGGAGGACCCUCAGGGACGACGAGAAAGAAAAGAAGAGAAGAAGUUGGAGUGGAAACUGAGGAUGAAGAGGGAAAAGAAGAGGAGGAGGGACGAAGUUCAUAGGCUGACUGAGAAGGUGGCAAAAAUGAGAGAUUGUAGACAAGAGGUGCAGGCAGAUUUUGCGCGCGAUAUGGUCACCCAUGUUGGAGGCGAAGUUAGGCGACUAAGAGACAGCACGGGGAAGUUCUGUGAGGGCGCCAUCGAAGGUGCCAAAGCAAUAGCCCUUGUAGAGGGUGAGGCCAGGCCUCGUAAGGAGCCUUUUAAGCUUAAACUCACAGAUGCGUAUGGAGGGAAGAAGGAAGAAAAUUUUGAUAACUGGGAGGCUAGUGUGAACAGUUACGUAUACUUACAGCACAUCCUGACUGAGGAGCAAGUCCUCGUCGCCUUCCAGGGCCUUAAGGAUGAAGCGCCCAGUUUUGCCAGAUCUCUUGCGCGCGCAGCCAGUUGUGAAAAUAACAUGGUUGCAUAUUCUAAGAUCAUCACCCUUCCUCAAUUCUUCAAAGUCCUGAGGGAGAGAUUUGCUGACCCAACGAGAGGCGUUAGAGCCUCUGAUAAGUUACAGACGAUCCACUCGCGACAGUGGAGGAGUGCAAGAGCACUAAAGGGCAUUGUGGACGACUUGGUAGUCGUCCCAGACCACGGGGUCACUGAGCCCCAGUUGGUCCAAUUGUUUUAUCGUGCCAUGCCUGAGCCCCUGCGUGGGCAUUUCUUUGAGAAGUCUCAACAGGCUGACAUCACCUAUGAUGUGCUGAGUAGAGAAGUGGUCCUGUAUGAGUCAAAGUCCAUGCCAGUGUCCACUUUCUGGCACAAGGACCUGGACAAAGGAAAGAAGUGGAAGGGUCGUACCAUCUCUGGCCAAGUGAGGGCCAAGGAUCAUAUGAUCCUCACGUUAGAAGAGGGUGGUAGAGAUGAGAUCCCCUACAGUGAGAUUGAGUGGGGGUUAGAGGAGGAUGACAGCAGCAUAGGGCAGGGGAGGUCUUAUGCGGUUGUCGCGGCUGGAGGGAGGCCGCAAGGUAGAGGAGGAGGCCAGCGCCAAAAGGGCCAGGCCAUGGGAGGUCGAGGACCGGGCGCACAGGGGGUUGGUGGACAAGGGAACCGCCAAGUGGGAGCCGCCAUGGAUCAGAAGUCCGGGGAAACGACCGCGACCUAUCAGACCCGAAUGCUGGCUUGGAGUACCGAAGCCAAGCAAUGGGCGGAUGCAGUAGCAGCCGCAGAAAAGAAGAAGGCGGAGGACGCCGAACAGGCACGUCUGUUGGCAAUCAAACAGCAGCGCCAGCACGACGAGGCAGCAGCAAAGGCUGCCGAUGAAGAACAAACUCAACGACGUGAGAAGAUGUUCAACGGAGAGCGAGCUUUUCUCACAAUGGCAGCGGACUGGCGGGGUGAGGUCGAGAAUGGUAAGAUGGAAGAGAGUGAAAGCAAGAUCGCUUUACUCCUCUCCCAUAUCACGGACCUCCUGGCACUGUGCAUUGCACAACAAGAGGACAUCCACAACCUCGACGCCGCGGUUCACACGCACAAGCAGGCGAUUGAUCAAGUCAACAACUGCCUCCAGCAGCUGCAGCAACGACCGUCACCGAUGCCAGCUCCUCCAACACCUCCGAUCGCCUCAAUGCAUCGGAGAUUGACUUCGGAGCCCUCAAGGACGACGUGCUGCCACGCAACAACUGGAGCAGCGGAUCUGUACUGUCGCCACCAACCCGAGUUUGGCACCAUGCGAUACGGGGUGGUAGCUGCCGACUUGUACACCGAGAUCAGCUGGGGUGAUCUAAAGGCGGCGUGGCAUAAGCGGUUCCAAGUAGAGUCACCGGAGAUCAAGGCAAUGGACACGUUGAUGAUCUUCGAACAAGGCACGCUGUCGAGUGUUGACUGGAUUGUCGAGUACCAACACUUGACAUCCGUCCCAGACAUUGAGAUGGGUUUCAAGGCCGUCAAACACUACUUCAUCACGAGGUUGUGUCCGGCGUUGGGCAACGCCUUGACUCAUGUCGAGGAUACCCUGACGACAACGGCGGAGCUCUUUGACAAGGCCGCGCAGAUUAUUGUCACGAACAAGGAGGCUAAGAACCUCAACCGUUCGUCUGCGCCAGGCCCGCACAAAGAUCAACAUCGGCCAAAAGUGGACGUGGUCGCGGCGGCAACGCCAACCGACCAAUCUAGCGAGGCCGUGUCUGCCAAUGAAGGGGACAGACUCGCAGCCGCCAGGGAUGGUGGCCGCCCUGCGGCAAUUACCAACGAGUUUCAUGCGAUGUUGGACCGGUUCGUGCUGGUCUACUUAGACGACAUUCUCGUUUAUAGUCGGACAUUGGAGGAUCAUUUUGAGAACCUUCGACGAGUGUUCGAGACGCUCCGCCGCACCAAGUACAAAGCCAACCGCGACAAGUGCAAAUUUGUCCGGCAAGAGCUGGAAUACUUGGGUCAUUUUGUCACACCGGAGGGUAUCAGUCCGUUAUCGGACAAGAUUCAAGCCAUCCAAGAGUGGUCGGAGCCGCGGAACGUCACGGAUGCCCAUUCAUUCCUUGGCCUUGCCGGCUACUACCAACGUUUUGUCACGGGAUACUCGAAGAUCGCGGCCCACUUGACCAAACUUCAAUGCGAGGAUCGACCGUUUGACUUCGGAGAGGAUGCGCGGGGAUCAUUUUUGGCUCUCAAAGUCGCGCUAUUAUCUGCUGAGGUCUUGCCCAUAUACGACCCGCUAUUGCCAACGUGCGUCACUACGGAUGCGUCCGGCUACGGCAUUGGUGUCGUCCUCGAACAACACGAUGGCGUGGACUAGCACCCAGUCGAGUACUUCAGCAAGAAAGUGUCCAUCGUGCACUCCAUUAAUGAUGCACUCGAGA